AAGCUGCUCCAGAGGUGACGUGUGUCGUCCUUUGUUUGGACUGAAUCUCCUGAUGUUUGCAUCUCUCAUGUGAACGAGUGACAAGUGUCUGAAUCUAAAAGUCGCUGCUGCUCAUUAGUUCAUCGUCAGAUAUUCACACAGUCUCUGGUCGACGGGGGAAAGUCGGUGCUGAUGGAUAUUUUCUCUACAUGCAACUAGCACAUGACGACAGAGGAGACAUGUCACUGAGGGGAAGUGAUCAACAGGAAGUAAACACCACAUUGCACUUUUUACUAAGAACCGAGAAGCAGAGGAGAGAAAGAAGAAGAAUGGAUGAAACCAAACGGAUUCAAAUGUCUUUACAUCUGCUACUGGUGCUGAUUCCAUUUACAGUGCUCACUGUCCAAUCUUCCUCCAUCAUCAUCAGAGCUGGAGCUGAAGUCACUUUGCCUUGUGACAAGAUGAGAGAUGAUCAUGUGAACUGUGGAGCUACUACCUGGAUCUUCAGUGAUUCAGAGGGGACUAGAACAGUAAACCUGUUUGUAAACAGGCAGCUCGACACAUCUGUGAUUUCCAAAUCUAAAGCAGACAGACUACGUCUUGCUGCAAACUGUUCUCUGGUUAUUAGGGAGGUCACAGCUGAAGAUGCUGGUCAAUACGUCUGCAGACAGUCUGACCUGACAACACAAACAUAUGAAGAUCAUGUGGUUACUCUCUCUGUUGUCAACGUGACUGAGCAGAAGAGAAGUGAUGAGGUGACGUUGAGCUGCUCUGUGUCACCAUAUAGAGGCUGUGACCUCACAGUGAAGUGGCUGUUUAUGAACAAAGAUGUGACUGAAAACAACAAAGACCUGAAGACAUCACAGUCUAUCUGCUCGGCCAAUGUGAGCUUCUCAAAAUCCCAUUUUGAUCACAAGAUGAAGAACUAUAGCUCAUUAACAUGUGAAGUGAAUGAUGGUGACAAAGAGGAAAAGUUUUCCUUCAUCCCUCCGUCAUCAGAAGGAAAGAACGAACCAGCUCCAGGAAACAAUGAGAUGACAACAGACUGGUGGUGGUACAUUCGUCUGGUUGUGGGUUUUGCCUCGAUCGUGAUAUUGGUUGUGAUUCUCAUCAGAUGGAGAAGAAACAAGAUCCAGGGUGGUGAUGUUGCAGUGGCCUUCAGCACUGUGGAAGCUCCCUCCUCUUCUACUGGACCCUCAGCUGAUCCCAGCAGCCUCUAUGCCAACGUCACAUUCAUACAAUAGCAGAGUUUCAUUUGACUUUGAUAUUUUUACAUCAGGAUUAAUUUGUUACAACUUUCUGCUGUGAAAACAAAGUCACUCUAAUAAUGUGAUUCUCAUUAUAUAGAAAAGAAACAAAGGUGGGAACAUUCCCAGAUGAAACUUUGAUUUAGUUUAAACCACUGCCAAGGCCCGACAGUCUGUGAAGAUUUAUAUAAAACUCACUUUUACCGUGUGGACUGGAUUUAACCAGUUUUCAGCCAUUUUAUUGAUUCUUGAAGUUUGUCUGCUUUUGAUUUCAUUGUCCCACAGACUCUGUCCUCUCACCCUGUCUUCACUGCUGCUCCGUGGAGGAAUCACCGGGACGAGUCUCUUCAUGGCUGCUGGGAUCAGCUGAGGGUCCAGUAGAAGAGGAGGGAGCUUCCACAGUGCUGUAGGUCACUGCAUCAUCACCACCCUGGAUCUGUAGGAUACACAAUCAAUGAAUGAAUCAAUCAAUCAAUCAAUCAAUCAAUCAAUCAAUCAGUCUAUCAUCUGUACAGCACCUUUCAUCAGAUUAGUGUAUUUCAAUAUGCUUCACAGAACAACACAAAUACAAAUGUUAAUAAGGAAGUGUGAUAACAAAGGGUUAAAGAUGGAGGUGAAGGUGAUGCAGUGACCUACAGAACUGGUUCUCAAACUCUUUUCAACAAUGUUCCCUCUUUGAAAUAUGUUUUCAUUCAAGUGCAACACAGCAUCAGUAUCAAUGUUUCUCACCAGAGCAAUAAGCUGUGUCUUUCCACUGACGUCUGUCCAUUCAUCCAGCUGCAGUGAAAAUGCUUCAACAAGUUUCUACACAACUUCAUCAACAAUGUCUGUUCCAUCGUUUCUAUUCUGCAGCAAAGUGUCAUUUGACAAAGACCCAGUUUAGAACUGAUCUGCUGUGUUUGUGUCCAGCAUCGUCUCGGUCAGUACAGCAGCAGCUGGAAGUAGCAGGUCCUCAGCUGUGGUGAAAGGCCUUUUGGCUUCAUGAGAAGCCUCCAGUGCUGUGGCUGAUGUUCUGGAGACUUUUCACAUCGUUUCUUGUGAAACUAUGAAGUCAGACUGUUUCUUCUUGAGAAACUCUGGUGUGUUACCGACAUGACACUGAUGUGUUGUGCUGAGAUGUCGCUGCAGCUGCUCUGGCUUCAUGCAACUGUUUGAUAACUUUUCAAUCAAUCUUUUCUUUGGUGGAUUGCAGCUCGUUGAAGUAAAUCCCAUUAAAACAUAUUCUUCAUGAUACUAAC